AUGUCGUAUCAGUCUCCUCUGGUAUCUAUCCCGAAGAAGGGCACAGACGAAGUCGACUGGACCACAUCAAUCCGCACCGCAAUCGCACAAUCCUACGGUGAGAACCCGGACAACUACGCAACAGAGUACGCUGCUCUUCAGAGAUGCAGGCAGGACGCUGUGAGAGGUGCAGGGAGUGAUAUGACCGCUCGGGACUUGCUAUACAAGUACUUCGGUCAGCUCGAGCUGUUAGAGCUCCGUUUCCCCGAAAUACGCGUGAACUUUCCCUGGCGUGAUGCAUUCACGACCAAACUUAUCGUGCAGACGUCCCUCGCCUAUGAGAAAGCGUCCGUCAUCUUCCAGAUCGCGGCCACUCAUUCCUCCAUCGCCGCAUCACAGAGCCGCUCUGACCCCGAGGGCCUCAAGCGAGCAUUCCACUACCUUCGGUGUAGCGCGGGCAUGCUCACGUACAUCAACGAGAACUUCUUGCAUGCGCCCUCGACCGAUCUGAGUCGGGAGGUGAUCAAGUUUCUCGUGGGUCUCAUUCUGGCGCAGGCGACAGAGGUGUUUUUGGAGAAAUGCAGAGACGAGAAGAAAACGAGCACGCUCUUGUCUAAGGUCGCUUCCCAAGCAGCGUUCAUGUAUACGGGGUUAGGAGAGGAAGUGAAGGAGUUCAUGGGGAAAGGCAUCUUUGACAGAAACUGGGUGACAGUCAUUCAGGUCAAGACCAAGUACUUCCAAUCCCUCACACAGUACUAUAGAGCCUUGGCUGACCAUGCUGCCUCCAAACACGGCGAUUCCCUUGUCCGCUUCACGCUCGCCGAGACGCACGCGAAGGAGGCUCAUCGAGUAGCAAAUAGCUUUGGCGCUAUGUUCAUGCCACCAAUGUCGCCUAACUUGCCCGCCGACGCGGGCCAAUCACUCUCGGAUCUCACCAAGGCACAUCUCGCGCAGUGCACUGACCGCCGCGCAGAGGCGGCACGUGACAACGACUUGAUUUACAACGCCGUACAGCCCGCCCCAGAGACACUACCUGCCGUGGACAAGACGGCGGUCGCUACGCCGAUCCCGAUUCAAGAGGUGUAUGCCACACCAGAAGUGCAGAAGGUUAUCGGGAGCGAUCUGUUCGUGCGCCUAAUACCGCUGAGCGUGCACGAAUCAGCCAGCGUGUAUUCAGAGGAGAAGGCCAAGCUCGUGCGGGCGGAGGUGGAGAAAGCCGAGGGCGCGGCGGGUGAAGCGCGGAGCGCCCUCGAUGCGCUCGGGGUUAAAGCGGGAUUGUCUAGAUUCAAGGCAAUGGUGGAUGGAGGUCUUGCCGGCGAAGAUGAGGUUCCCGUGGAGGUCAGGCGGUGGAAGGAAGAUAUUGGACUGAUCGAGGAACGAGAGGGUGUGGGCGCUCUCAUUGAGCGAUUGGAGAAAGUACGGAAUGAGGUGAAGGGUGAGCUAGGUGCGGUGGGCAUAGACUUGGAGGUUGAGUCGAGAGACUGCGAGUCGAUGCGCGUCAAGUACGACCACCUCUUUACGCAGGCGCCGUCCGCGGGACUUUCAAAGGGCUUACGGGCGGAUUUGAAAUCGCACCUUCAGGCACUGGAUGCCGCAAGUGCAUCCGAUGAGCAAGUCCGCGUGUUGUGGGAAUCAGUGAAGGGGGAUAUUAGGCUUUUAACAUCGGACGAGGUCGAACAGGUCUUCAAAGACAGUGUCAAGUCCGGGCACAACAGGCGGGAGAGUCUGCUGGAUCUGGACAUGGAGAGAGACGAUGACGAAAAGAGGAAGAUUGGACAACUUGUGGACGAAAUUGAAGAGCGACUGGGGAGGCUGGGCAAGAUUGAGCGGGAGAGAGACCAGACACUCAAGGACCUCAAGGACAAGAUUCAAACAGAUGACGUGUCUCAUCUGCUUCUGUUAAAUAGGCGUAAUCCGAACGUGGAGCCGACGAUCUUUGCAAGCGAGCUGGAGAAGUUCCGCCCGUAUCAGCACCGGUUGAAUCAAACAGUUCAUCAUCAGCAGGCGGUCUUGCAAGAAAUCUCUUCCUUGUGGAAGACUCUGAGGGAUUUAGCUGGUCGUGGCGAGGGCGCCAGAAAGUGGGAUGAGAGGGAGAGAAAAAAGAAGGAAGCCGUCCGGAGGUUUUCGCGAGCGCGUGAUGGGUACAUGGAGGUCAGAGAUGGAUUAGCUAAGGGACUACAAUUCUACUCUGAACUAUCGUCAAUGUCUUCGACCCUCCGCCGCAACGCGAAAGACUUUGUCUCUUCUCGGGCUGUUGAACGCGAAACUCUUGUCUCACAGGCAGCAACAUCACAACGCCUCACUGCUCCUACUCCAACGUCACCACCGCCGAAACCUCCCCCUCCUCCGCAGUCUCGUCUGGACAGCUCGUUCGCCUCGAUGAAUUUGGGUCCCACAUCACCGUCAUUGCCACCUCCACCGCCGUCAACUCAGUGGAACAAAUUGGCAAAUGCACUAGCACAGCCGGCAUACGGAAAUGUUCCGCCACCCCAUAACAAUAAUACAACAUCUCAGCCCUUCCCUCCAGCGCCUUUAGGAUCAUCGUAUACAUCAGCACCGCCUGCUCCACAAUCAUAUGGCGCUCAAUCUCGAGUGCAGCUUUCUUACCAUACGCAGUCUCACCAACCGCCCCCGUCUGCAUCGUCGCCGUAUCAACAGCAGCCUCGACGGGAGCAGAACAUGGGCUCGCCAUUUCCCCCUCCACCACCUCCUGUCAAUUAUCAAUCACAAUAUGGAGCGCCUCCACCGCCUCAAGGUCCAUACACACCACAGCAACAACAACCGCAGACGCCGCAGUAUGGAUAUGGACAGUAUGGACAGUAA